CCGUCCUGCCUUUGCUGCUGCGCUCCUUUGACCAAACCCCUACUUUUGUCUCCGUUCUUCUCCAUGAUACCCCUACGACUCUUCUUUUGACGCCACGCACCAUGACGAACGACGAGAGACCGCCCCGCGGCGGGGCUGCGCAAGGGGACGCGUCCCCGCCCCCACUACCACCGCCCUACAAUGAAAAUGCAACUGCGCCGGCAGGCGCCACGCCCUCGAGCUCAGCGCAGCAACACGGCCCGGCUGGGAACGACCAGCUGCCCGAGCGGCCGCGAACGAAGCCGGAGGGGUCGACGUACGCCAGUUUGUACCGCCCCGGAGAAGCGCAGAAUGUCUCUCGGCCAGCAGCCGGUGCACACAGUCAGGAUGCCCUGAGCAGCAUUGCACACGCCGAGCACGCCGCCCCCGCAGACCAUCCCCCGCCCGCGUACAGCGAAUUUCCAGGCACAUUAAAUGACGACGGCGGCCAACUCGGCGCAAACGCGACCGUUGCGAGCGAUGGACGAGUCAACAUCAACAUCGACCAAAAGAGCCGCGGCCUAUCGCAACUCAUCGUACCACAGCUUCAGCGCCAGCUCACCCGCGUCCAACGCGAACCCGCACCGCCGCCUCCCUACAUUCCAGAAUCGCUCGGAGGCGCACCUGGCCAGAGGCCCCCUCCCCCACUGAAUCUCGUCAUACAAGUCGUUGGCUCGAGAGGAGACGUGCAACCAUUCGUUGCUCUGGGCAAGGUGCUCAAGGACACCUACGGGCAUCGCGUGCGGUUGGCGACGCAUGCGACGUUCAAGGACUUUGUUAUUGAAAACGGGCUGGAAUUCUUCAGCAUUGGCGGCGAUCCCGCCGAGCUCAUGGCUUUCAUGGUCAAGAACCCAGGCUUGAUGCCAGGGUUUGACACACUGCGCAGCGGCGAGGUGGGCAAACGUCGAAAAGGCAUCGCCGAGAUUCUGCGUGGCACGUGGCGAUCGUGCAUUGAGACCGGCAAUGGCAUGGGCGUGGAUCCGCUCAAGCAGACUAUCGAAGAAUGGAUGGGCGUUGAGGACCAGCUACCGGACGACCUCAAGAAACCCUUUGUCGCCGAUGCCAUCAUCGCGAAUCCGCCAGCCUUUGGGCACCUUCAUUGCGCUGAGAAAUUGGGCAUACCCUUUCACAUCAUGUUUACAAUGCCCUGGAACCCGACGCAGCAGUUUCCGCACCCCUUGGCCAACAUUCAAACCUCAAAUGCAGACGCGUCCAUCACCAAUUACAUGUCAUAUAUCCUCGUAGAUAUGCUAACAUGGCAGGGCUUGGGAGACUUGAUCAACAAAUUCCGCAAAGAUGCCCUGAAUCUGGAUCCGAUCAGUUUGCUCUGGAGUCCUGCCAUGUUGGAACGGAUGAAGAUCCCGCACACAUACUGCUGGUCUCCAGCGUUGAUCCCGAAGCCCAAGGACUGGGGGCAUCAUAUUUCGAUUGCAGGCUUCUUCUUCCUCAAUUUGGCAUCAAACUACACACCAGCACCAGAUCUUGCCGAAUUUCUAGCCGCAGGCGAACCUCCGGUGUACAUCGGCUUUGGGUCGAUUGUGGUGGACGAUCCAAACGCUAUGACCACGAUGAUCUUCGAAGCAGUAAAGACAACCGGAAGACGGGCAUUAGUGUCGAAGGGCUGGGGCGGCCUGGGUGGGGAUGACCUCAACGUACCUGAAGGUGUCUUUAUGCUUGGCAACGUGCCACACGACUGGCUGUUUAAGCACGUCGCAGCUGUAGUCCAUCACGGUGGUGCUGGCACCACUGCCGCAGGUAUCGCUGCAGGUCGGCCUACCGUCGUCGUGCCGUUUUUUGGAGACCAACCUUUCUGGGGAGCCAUGGUGGCCAAAGCUGGUGCUGGGCCUGACCCCAUCCCUUACAAGGAUUUGACUGCAGAGAAGCUAGCCAACGCCAUCCAAGAGGCUUUGAAGCCAGAGUCGCUUUCCAAAGCCGCAGAGCUUUCCGCUAGAAUCUCGAAAGAACAAGGAGCCCAGGUUGGCGCUCAGUCAUUCCAUCAGAUGUUGAAGUACGAUGAUCUAAGAUGCGCUGUUGCUCCAAAUCACCCGGCUGUCUGGAGAGUGAAGCGGACUCAGGUCCGCCUGAGCGCCAAAGCUGCGACUGUCCUAACUCAAGAGGGCGAGCUUAGCUUCUCUGACCUUAAACUCUUCCGCGCGCGCGAAUACAUUCCUGACGAAGGUCCUUGGGAUCCAAUCACUGGUGCUACGUCCGCUCUUGUCGGUACUGCAGGACAAAUGAUGAUGGGUGUGGCCGAUUUCCCCAUUGAAACCUUGAAACUCCUCAACAUACAUCCCGACUCCUCGCGCAAGGGCAAGGGUAAAGCGAAGCAGACUGAGAACGAUGGUGCCACCGAUACAGGUUCGCGAGCUGGCGACAGGCCCCCGGCUAGGUCAAACACCGGAUCAGGAGCCGGGAGUAGCACCACUUCAAUCACUCCGACACAACAGCCAGGCACGCCGGACGGUCGCAGUGCUGCCUUAUCCCAGACACCAAAAGCAUCUGACUCUUCCAGCCCCCGCCCAGACCCGGAACGCUCUGGAUUUAUGGCUCAAGCAAUGGCGCAGCAUUCUCAAGUCUCACAAUCUCGUUCGCCGUCACGAGAUCGGGCUUGUUUCAUUCCAGGAUCCAGCCAUAGCCGCCGAUCAAGUCAAAGUCGUGCGGCUUCGGCCUCAGCGUCGGAAAUUCGUGACAAGGCAGGCACCGUCUACAGCGAUAAGAGUACCUUCGGGGAUAAGCUCGGCGAAAUGAACAAAGACUCAAUCGUUGGCACCGGCAAAGGCGUCGGUAGAAUCGUUGGUGCGGGUUUCAAGUCGCCUCUAGACUUCUCCAUGAACGUGGCGCAAGGGUUUCACAACGUGCCGAAGUUGUAUGGCGGCGAAGUGAGGCAGGUUGAUAAAGUCACCGAUCUUCAGAGCGGCUUGAAGGUUGCUGCAAAGCAAUUCGGUUUCGGCCUUUACGACGGCAUAGCUGGCAUCGUCACCGACCCAUAUAAGGGCGCAAAGAAAGAAGGCGGACUAGGUUUCGUUAAAGGGGUGGGUCGCGGUAUUUUCAGCGUCCCCUUCCGUGUCAUGGGAGGUGCCUGGUCCGUUCCCGCGUACGCCAUGAAGGGCCUUUACCAAGAAAUGCUCAAGAACCAGGGUUCGGGUGUCCAAAACUACAUCAUCGCAGCCCGAAUUUCGCAGGGAUACGACGAGGCUUCAGCGUUGUCGCCAGCUGAGAAAGCAGAUAUCAUCAGUCGAUGGCGAUGCAUCAAGACUAAUGUCAAGAAGAAGAAGAAUCCUGGCGAAGACCAGCUACAAGCCUUACACAGCUACAUGUCAGAAAGACGCGAGAAGAAGGAGAAGAAAGAUCGCUUUGGAAAGCUCAAGAGGCAGGGGACUGCUCCUGGGGCCCAGGACUCUCGUCUCUAUGCGACAGACGGGAGGGGCUCACUGGAUCUUCCUGAACCUGUUGUUCGGAGCGGAACAGGGAUCAGCACAACGACACAGAGGGGAAUGGACAACCCCGUGCAUCCUCUGCACCACGCACACACUUUCCCCGAGCCCGCCCUCCCUCACAACGCACCAACAGUCCAGCAAGCCGAUCUUAUCCACGACGAAGAAGCUGAGCGUGCCGAACUCGAAACCGCCAUCAAAGCCUCCGUCGCUGAGACGUCACGCGGCAACCCCGAAGAAGACGAGCUCAUUGCGCGCGCCAUCCGUGCCUCUAUGCUCGAGCUCCAGCGCGAGCCCGAGCCACACGAAACCGAAGAAGAAGCCCUCCAGCGUGCGAUGAAAGCCAGCAUGAACGAAGCGCAGAAGAGCGGCGUCUCAGCUGACGAGCAGCGCAUCCUCGAGGAAACGCUGCGCGCGUCGAUGCUGGAGACGUCACGUGCGCGCCGGGCACACAAUACGGACUCCGAGUGGGAUUCGUCGGAUACUGAGGACGACGAGGACUACCAGCGCAUACUGGCUGAGUCAGAGAAACUGCACCAACUUCAUUCCAGCGAGGACAAGCACGAUGAGUAUUUCUCGAGCAUCGUGGAGGCCGGCGACGCGAAAGCACAACCCCCAAAUGACGAGGAGGAACAGGCGCUGCGGAAGGCGAUCGAGGAGAGCGAGCGCCAGGACAGAGAGGACAAGGAGAGACUCGAGAAGCAGAUGACGGAGGAGGACAUCGUUAUGGAGUAUGUGAAGAAGCAGAGUUUAGCGGAGGCGCAGCAUAGGGAGAGGUUGAGACAGGGGAGGGAUAUUGGAGGCGAGAGCUCCGGUGGUGGGACAUCAGGGGCGGCGUAGUAUGUUUUCGUGGUGGGGGUUGGUGCUGAGGGGAUGGGCCUGGGUUGAAGGAAAGUUUGGGAGGGAGAUGGUGCAUGUGAUGAUUGAUUGAUACCCAUGACUCGACCAGUACAUGCUUAGCC